AUGUGCAAAACCCUCUCGCCCAGCUUUGAGGUUCAUCAGCGCUGGAUUGAGGACAUCAUCAGCACCCCUGAAUCUCCCCCCGAUCACGUUUCACCUCACUCGAAUUCGCUGACAGAGGUUGAAUCGCCUUCAGAGCACGUUCUCCGUGGGUCCAAGUCAUGGGCAGCGCGCUCAUACAGGUCCCGCACAUCCGGCACUUCACUUCGCGUACCUUCCAACAAAGAGAACCGGUCGACCAUCGACGAGAACAGCCGCCAGUCCUCUGGCAACCACAUCCCCCUUUCUGCCCCGGCUCUGCCGAUACUUGGCGAGAUCGCACCCAAUGGACAGCUCCUGCGCCCGACUGGACCUUGGAAGUUCGGACGCUCGCCGACUCCCUCGUUGAAAAAGAAGAAGGCGGAAGCUAUCGUGAAAGCCCAUGGAUCACCCCAGCACAUCCGCGUCACUGCUGGCGGCCGCAUCGUGCCCAGCGAGCAGUCGCCUCUCUGCCACCCACGCUACGGCUACAGCGCCAUCAAAGCCAACGGCGGCCUCGUCAAGUUUGCCCCGAACCAUCCAAUGGGCAAAGCACAAUGGACGCAAGCAACGCAGAACGGCUUCGUCGCUCAGGACGUCAACGGUCGUCUGUGCCAGAUCGUCAACGGUACUAUUCUGCCUCUCAACGAGAUCGAUGGCGCACUGCGACUCUUCCUCCCUGCACCCAAUCUCAACAUCUCGUCGCACGGCUCGUCGUUCGGCCCUCUGGCUCCAGAGCGUGUCGGCAGUACCGGCCAUCAACAGAGAGCUGCUUCCAUCAGUAAGCCAGCUGCCUCCGCCUCUGCCGACCCACCUUUGCCGGCCCAGACGAAUGCAUUGGAGCUUGAGUACUCGAAGCUUGAGCACGAGCUGAAGGAGCUUGACAAGACCGAAGCCCUUCACGGUCGGACGAUGACCAAGACGGCCAAGGACGCACUUGUUGGCAAGCGCCGCGAGCUCGUCUCGACCAUGGACAACAUUCGCAAGGCGAUCAAGAGCAUCAAGUCCGCUCAGCAAGCGGAGGCACCUUUGUCUCCGCGGGUCAUGCACAACCAGCAGCAGUCCAUUUCGUCACCACCCAACCGUCUGCCGGCUUUUCUGCAGCAACGCCCACCACAGCCCAACGAGGCAUCGGCACCGCACUUUCCAGCGAACUUCAAUCAGUUUUUUGGGAUGCCGCAACCGCAGCUCCCGGGCAACCACUUUGGUGGCCAGGCUACGACGCCAUCAGAUGCUCCCUUCAACCCAGCUUAUGCGAUGCCGCCUUUGUUCGUACCGCCGCCGGCGUUCGAUGGGUCGAUGGCUCCCGCGUAUCCUGCAUUCCCUGAGCCACCUGUUGGCGGCGACAUCACCGCAGCUCAGCGUGUCCAGGCUUACGGCGCUGCUACCAAGGUAGAUGAAGCGUCUACAGCAGGUCAGCUACCCCAGAACGAUGGCGCUCGUUCCGUUGCGGACCUCAAGAAAGUGGCUUCACCCCGUCAAUCCCGUGCUGUCGACAUCAAGGCGCCGGUGCCGAAGCCUGCCACGGCUUUCAAGUCGAACCUGAACCCGAUGAGUCCUGCCUACAAGCCCGGAGCUGGGUUUUUGAAGGCUGCUGCCAAUGGAGAUCGCCCUGCGCCAAAAUCAGUCAAGGACAGAGCACCUACUCCACUCUCGCCUCUGCACCAGCUGCGUCCAUCGUCUACUGCCAUCAAGGCCUCUCUUGCAUCAGAAGACACCAGCAGCCCGACAAAGAAGAGUCCUCACUUACACAGCUCCAGCGUGUCGAGCUUCGAGACCGUAGACUUCUUCCCUCGCGACACGAAGGAGUACUCUACCCGCAAGUACGCCUACCUUGACCAGUCCGAGGACAAGGAGAACACGGCACCGCCGCAGUCGUCCACCGAAGCAUCAGCAGCAGUGCCGCCGACAACGCCACUCAGUGAUCUCGCCAAUGGCGCAUCUAGCAAGGUUGCACCGGCCAGCGGCUUCAAGGCACCUGCGCCUCCUCCAGGCACUCCUGUUACUGUGAACCUCUCCACCGCGAAAGCGCAACGCUCCAUCCAACACACCGCCUCGAGCACGGACAGCCGUCACUUCGACUUUGCAAUCCUGCCUGAUCGCCUUGCUCACAACGUCAGCCCCAAGAGCAAGCGCCAGAACUUCGUCUUCGUCGAAGAGCAUCCAAGCGAGUUCACAGAUCAGACGUCGUCGUCAUCUCCGGAGAAGCUGCAUCAGUGCCGUGAGGAGCUCUGUGCCACUGCCAGUCCGGUCGGUCAGAUCGACUUCACUGAAGCUUCCAGGGACUGGAUCGAGGGCUACCGUGAGGGCCUUGCUCGUCGGCCGGUUGGCUCUGAUCGUCAAGAAGACUACUUGGACGGGUACUGUGCUGGACUGUUGAAGUCGAAGCACGCCAACCUCGGCCCUUCCACCGGCAGCCCAACGAAGCCGCCUCCGCGUCGUCCAAGUCCGGGCAUCGCGCCAUCACGGUCGUCUAGCCGGCUUCAGCUCGAUCGUCAUGAAGCAGUCACUGCACGCCCGCCCUUCGAGAAGGCUCUGCAAUCAAUGGACACUCUGAAAGAGGCCGUCUUCGCUCCGAACAAUGAGAACGCAAUCCUGACGCCUUCUGCUGAGGGUCCAUCUGCCAACGAGCUUACCUUCAACCUUGGGACGUGGGCCAAAGACAAGGAGCAGGCUGGUGCUUUUGAAGGACGACCGACAAAUAAUGGUGCUCCUCCAUCCGGCUUUCCGUUCCCAAGUCGGACCUCCUCAGUCAUGCAACGUCAGACAAACUCAUCGGACCGAGAGCUGGCGGCAACCCAGCGCAUCACUUCGAUGGGCUCUGUUGUCAACAAGCCGCCACAAUCGUCUACUCCCACUGCCACCACCGUCGGCAGUGCUGGUAGCAACAGCUCGAACGCUGGUGAGAAUCGUGUCAGCAGCAUGACGAGCAUCGACUCCAAUCUCUACCGUCAGUGGCCCGGCUGUCGUGUCUUCAGCCCGCAUCUGGAAUGGAAGUCUGCCAGCUCGAUCGCUCAAGCUGCAGGGUUGGCAACUGGCCACAUGACCAACGCUGAGUCUGAAGAUACUGGAAAGGCCAUCGAGCCACAGCGCAUCGUCUCCUUCACGAGCGAGAAGAUGACCCACCACAGUCGCUUCCAGGAGGGCUCGCUCGACGGCAUCACCAACCCACCGAACUCACCUCAGCCAAUCUCGCCUCCAAUGUCUCCGACGCUGUCUGCCAUCAACAGCCCAGGCAAGACCUCCAAGCGCAGCAGCCCUGCCAAAGGCACGUCCCCGGCCAAAGUCAAGUUCGAGCACAUCGCCGAGAAAGUCGGCAUCAAAGUCACGACCGGCGGCAAGAAGGAAGAUGGCUCCUCGCCUUCCAGCCCGAAUGGCAAGCGCAACUGGCGCAACGUCUGGCGCGGCGGCUCUCGCAAGGACAGCAGCCAGGACGAGGGCAGCGUCGCUCAAGCCAACUGA